AGUUUAUAGUAAAGAAGAAGGAGAUAAGAUCUCUGUUUUGGAGAGGGAAGAGGGAAUAAAGUUUUGAGGUAAACUUCAGUAAGCAGGAUUCAUGGUGCAGAAGAAGAGCAUGGUGGGAGUUGUGUGAAAAUGCGCAGCUGAGGUGUGAAGAUAGACUACACCGUGAAAGUUGAAUUUUCACGACAACACAACUUUUUUUUCUCACGGACGAAAGAGCCCGUGCAAGUCAGGGAAGACUGUGCAUGACCUCAGGAAGAGCACGCGAAAGAGUGACGCACUUCAGAAGCUCCUGUUUGACACGCGCGUCUGUAUGUUGUGUCCAUGUGGCGUGAACGUGAAAACACCGGCUCUCUCUCCCUCUCUGUCUGUCUCGCGCACCGCUCAGCCGAUAUAUCCUCGCGCGCCACAGCUCUAGUAUCAGUUACCGGGUCCCGACCAAUCCCCGCGCGCUGUCAGAGCUCGAGAGGAGACAGCAGCGGAGAGAGGCAGACAGAGAGGGGGGAGAAGGCAGGAGGAGCACACACCCAACCAACUCUCUAUCUCUCCAUCCACCGUCUAUCCUCCGUCACCCCCCUCUCGCGACACAGACAACAACUCCCCCUCCCCUCUCCUUUUCCUCCCCUCACCUGUCAGGUUCUCCUGACUGCAGCUGUUUGGCUCAACUGGAGAGGCGCGAGGCAGGAUGCGCGAUGGGACAAGCGUGUGGACACGCGCUCCUCUGUCGUAGCCAGCCACCGUCCUCUGAGAUACGCGGUCAGCAAGUGUUUCUGCGUCCUGAGGAGAGUUCAGCUCCAGCCCUGAAUACCAGACAGUCCACUGCACUGUCCGAGCAACUCCAGGAUGCUUUGCUGCGGCUGGCGGCGGUUGUUGACGCGCGCUCCCUGCGAGCGGCCCUUCGAGACAGCAUACAGGAGCUGCUUCCCAGCACGGAGUGUGUAUGCCACUACUUCCUGGAGGGAGACUCGAGGCUGCUAUCUGAAGACCCGCCGCAUGAACUGCCACCGGAGGGAAAGAUCAGGAGUAUUGUGGAACAGUUGAAGCGAUGUCAGUGUGCCGGCCUCCCGCUGCCCGAACUGCCGGAGAAAUACAGAAUCUGCUUGGCUGCGCCGUUACCAGCGCACAGAAGAGCUGUUGUCAUUCCCAUCCUGGACCAGGAGAGGAACAAAGCCAUCGCAGUCUUACUGGUUGGCUGUAGUCCACUCUCUGAUCAGGAUGAAGUGCAUCUCAACAUGCUAGAAAAACAUGCGUCAGUGGCGUGUGUGCGAGUCCGGGCUGUUCAGUCGUCCUACCAGAGGCCCCCUCCCAGCCCCUCUCCCAUACAGUCCCACAAUGCACUGCUAAACCUCAACGUCUCAGACCAGGACUACUGCGAGCUGGACCGUAACAUCCUACAACUCUGUGGUGAGCUCUUUGACCUUGAUGCAGCCUCUCUCCAGCUCAAAGUCAUCAAUUAUCUCCAGCAGCAGACUCACUCGCAGUGCUGUUGUUUGCUGCUAGUGUCCGAGGACAACCAUCAGCUUUUCUGCCAGGUAGUUGGAGACAAAGUCCUGGAGGAGGAGAUCAGCUUCCCGCUGAUGUUUGGACGCUUCGGACAGGUUGUAGAGAAGAAGAAGUCUAUCACUCUGCAGGACAUCAGUGCUGAGGAGCGAAGGCAGCUGUCCAGUAUGCUGGGCUGUGAGAUUUCCUCCAUGCUGUGUGUACCAGUGGUCAGCAGGGCUACCGGUCAGGUGGUGGCGCUAGCGUGUGCCUUCAACAAGCAGGGCGGGCAGAGACACACAGAGGCAGAUGAGCAUGCAAUCCAGCACUGUUUCUGCUACACUUCAACGGUCCUCACAUCAACUUUGGCCUUCCAAAAAGAACAGAAACUGAAAGUGGAGUGCCAGGCGCUCUUACAAGUGGCCAAGAAUCUCUUCACACACUUAGAUGACGUGUCGGUGCUGUUACAGGAAAUUAUAGUGGAGGCCAGGAACCUCAGUGAUGCAGAGAUCUGUUCUGUGUUCCUGCUGGAUCGUGUCAGUCAUGAGUUGGUGGCGAAGGUGUUUGAUGGGGGCGUGGUCAGUGAUGAAGAGAAGGAGUUCCGUAUUCCAGCAGACCAGGGCAUUGCAGGUCACGUAGCCACUACUGGUCAGAUCUUGAACAUUAAGGACGCCUACUCCCACCCGCUAUUCUACCGUGGGGUGGACGACAGCACAGGCUUCAGGACGCGCAACAUCCUCUGCUUCCCCAUCAAAGACGAGAACAACGAGGUGAUCGGGGUCGCUGAGUUGGUGAAUAAAAUGAACGGGCCGUGGUUUAACCGCUUUGACGAAGACCUGGCCACAGCUUUCUCCAUCUAUUGUGGGAUCAGCAUCGCCCACUCUCUGCUCUACAAGAAGGUCCAUGAAGCUCAGUUCAGAUCCCACCUUGCCAAUGAAAUGAUGAUGUACCAUAUGAAGGUGUCAGAGGAAGAGGUGUGUAAGCUGCUGGUGACGGGGAUCCAACCUGUGAAAGAGAUCCACCCUUGCUUUGCUGAGUUCACAUACACACCGCGCUCGCUGCUGGAUGACACCACGCCUUUGGGCAUCCUCAGCAUGUUUGAAGACAUGGGCUUCAUCAACACGUACAAAAUCGACCUGCACACUCUCGCCAGGUUCUGUCUGAUGGUGAAGAAAGGCUACAGGGACCCUCCUUACCACAACUGGACCCAUGCCUUCUCUGUGUCACACUUCUGCUACCUGCUCUACAAAAACCUAGGGCUGACCAACUACCUCGAGGAUAUAGAGAUUUUAGCUCUCUUUGUCUCCUGUAUGUGCCAUGACCUGGAUCACCGUGGCACCAACAAUUCUUUCCAAGUCGCCUCGCAAUCUGUGCUGGCUGCUCUGUACAGCUCUGAGGGCUCUGUGAUGGAGAGACAUCACUUUGCCCAGGCCAUCGCCAUCCUGAACACAUUUGGCUGCAACAUCUUUGAGAAGUUCUCCAGGAAGGACUAUCAGCGAGUACUGGACUUGAUUAGAGACAUCAUUCUGGCAACAGACCUGGCUCACCACCUUCGCAUUUUCAAGGACCUGCAGAAGAUGGCUGAUGAUGGAUACAACCCAAAAAGUCGUAACCACCGCACCAUGCUGCUGUGCCUGCUGAUGACAUCAUGUGACCUGUCAGACCAAACCAAGGGCUGGAAAACCACACGCAAGAUUGCUGAGCUGAUCUAUAAAGAGUUCUUCUCUCAAGGCGAUCUGGAAAAAGCCAUGGGGAACAGGCCCAGCGAGAUGAUGGACAGAGAGAAAGCGUACAUCCCAGAACUCCAGAUAAGCUUUAUGGAACACAUCGCCAUGCCCAUUUACAAGCUGCUAUCUGAACUGUUUCCUGGGGCCACCGAGCUGUAUGAGAGAGUGGCGGCAAAUCGGGAGCAGUGGACCAAAGUGUCCCAUAAGUUCACCAUCCGUGGGUUGCCUAGCAACAACAGCCUGGACUUCCUGGACCAGGAAUAUGAGCUGCUGCAGUCCCAGGGGGCUUUUGGGAGCGACGAUCACUGCCUCAAUGGUUGCCUUGAAGAUGAAGAAGGAGGGAGGGUUCAGUGACACCAAAAGGCCGUAGAUCGGUUUCUUGAAGUUUUCUGUGGUCCAAUAAGGGAUGAAGAUAACCUUUUUAGCGACCUGAGAGGGAGGGAUCUCUCUGCUGUCGAUCACUUAGAUGCUAGGCAGGCCAUGCAGAAUGGACAGGACAAAGUUUCAAACAAAUUGGAUUUGACAAGCGAUGUGAAACGAGUGGAUCCAUCAGAGCCGGUUCAGUGAUUAGAUGCUACAUGUUGCUUGUGUCUCCAGUUCAGGAAAGCAGAAGGUGGUGACUUUAUAUUUUUCAGCAAUGAUGCUGGAAAAAUAAGUUUACCACAAAUUCACUCAUACAGUACUGAUCCUGAUUGUAAUAACACACACACACACACACACACACACACACACACACACACACACACACACACACACACACACACACACACACACACACACACACACACACUGACACAACACAUAAAAGAAAGAAAAAGUUAAUUCUUAUGGAAAAAGACUACUACAACAUGUAAUAGUGAGAUAAAGUGCUAUACUUUGUGUAAAAUGUUUCAUAAUAGUUCUAUUGAUUUAAAUGGCUCAGCAUUGUUCACACAUGAGUGGCUGCCAUAGUUUCCCUCAUCUGAUGCUUUUGAAUGCAUGCUGUAUCCACAUCUCAUGUAUUAUUCCCCCUCCUCUUCAUCAUUGUUGAUUUCUCUUGGCUGAGAACAUAAUGCAGUACAUUUUCUACCAUCAGAAAAUAUUUUGUAUUCAGAUCCUACAGGUAUAUUUUAAUUAAUUCAUAAAAAAUGUAGUUGUACAGGGGAAAUUUAAUUCAUUCACUUUCACAGCAACAUAACAACCCUCAUUUCUUUGCAGUAUAAGGGACAAUUUGACAAUCACUUAUAUAUGACAGCUGGCCAUAACACCACUCCAUACAUUCAAUAUUCAGAACACACACCCCUCUGCACAUUGCCUGCAUACCAACAAUCAAGUGUGCAUCCACACUUCAAAAAAAGCCCACUCAUAACCUGAAACACAAACUUGUUUCAUCUUGUUUCUUCCCACUCCUGUGCACCAUUCUUGAUUCUUUUCCUUUUUUUGUUUACAGAUUUACUCAUAAACAACUUUAGAUCGAGAUUAACUGAAACCCUUUAAAGAUCCAUCUCAUCUGUUGGUGUAAAUGUGCCAGAGUAGAGUGUAUUAUAUGGAGUGUGUCAUUGAGUGUGUCAUAUGGAUCUGCCUUAUUGCGCAUCUUUGCUGCCUUUCUUAGAGCUUUUAAUAUAUGAACAUUGAAAUAAAGAGUCUGUUUAGUAUGUAUGUUGUAUAUUUGUUAUAGACAUAGUUUGAGUAUCAAAGCGUUGACUGAAUGAACACCAUGCUCAGAAGAUGUAUAUUUGUGAAAUACUUGUGUGAAGACCUCAGAUGUAAUGUCAUUUCUUUUCUUUCAAUUUUAAAUAAUGUAUAAAACCAUCAGGUGGAUAGUAUGGCAAGACACAACACCUUUUUGUCAGUUCUCAAUGCACCCAAAAUUUGUUUUUAAGAAGGAACUAGAGAUGUAGCCAUCACAGAAAUUACUCUUUACUGAAAGUAUCAAUAGUUUUCUUUUGCUGCAUCCCAAAGGAAAUGUUCAGAAAAUGUAAGAUCUCAGACUGUGCCUCAUAUAAAAGACAUUCACAGACAUUUUUUUUGUUGCCAUGGGGUUGUUUUGUUACGAUUUGCCAUAUUAUGUUUUAAUAUUUUUAAAACAGGACAUGCUGCAUAGUUAGGGUUCGAGAAACACAGUAUAGAUUAAAACUACUGUACAUUAUGUAGCGUGUGUGUAGGGGGCGAGAGAGAGAAAGAGAGAGAGAUUGAGUGGAUGGGUGGAGAGGUGUGUAGAUGAGUGAGAGUGAGAUUUAGGGAUAAUUUUGGUUAUAAAAAUUCCUAAGAAAACUGGUGUCCAAAAAAAAGAAUGCAAAUGAAAACCUCAAGAGAUCGACCAGGUUAUUUUUCUAAUUAUUAUUACUUUAAUACAGCCCUGAUCAAAGCAAAGGAGGUAGAUGAAAAGCAACAGUAUUGCAUUUAGGGGGUUUUAUAUACUUUUUCCACGUACAUUAAGGGUCUCAGUAGGUUUCAUCAGUAAUGACAUUUAUUUGGUUAGCAAAGUGGUUUGAUGUUUGUGUCAUACAUACAUACGGAUAUGCAUUAGCACAUCAGCAUGAAACAUUUUUGGUCUGCCUUAGUCGACUUCAUGGAGACAUUUUUUAUGAUUAGUUUCAUGAAGGGCCUACAGAUGUUUGCCAGAAGAGCCACUCACUCUCUCUUUCUCAAACAUUUUCUCUCGUGUGGUUUUUCCCAUUCCUGUUGUUUUCAUACAUACCUGCCUUUUCAUGUGCAAUAUGAAGUGUCUGCUUCUGUGGUUCCUUUGUAACUACCUAUGCCUCUUUGUUAAAUUAUUAUUUUAGGUCUGAGUCUCCAAAGGCUAUGGGGACGUUUCCAUGGGGGAGGGUCAACAAUCUGUGGCGAUUUUAAUCCUAAACUGCUCUUGAGAGUCAAGACGGUUUUCUAUACUGAGUGUUUUUCUGUCUCUUUAUGUUUGUUUUGGAGAGUCAGGGCGAAUUGUGCCAAGCAAAUAUAGUCUACUUCCUGGCCAAGCUGCAAAGUAAAAAAAACCUUCUUUCAAUUAUUUUUUUGUUCUCUUUAGUGAGUGAAGUUGAGGGCUGUGUUCACAGGAAACUUCUCUGGUUCAUUAUGACAGGGUCUGAAAUUGUGGCUCAUUCAGGAAGUGUGAACCCUAUCUAUAUUUCCCAUCAUCACAGAGCAACAGUACUCUGUGAUGUAAUAUCAUUGUAAUGAUCACCUGUGACAUAAUUGUUAAAAGUGGCAAAAAUACAAUUGCUGUAAAUAUCAAGGUUAAAAAGAAAAUGUUACUUGACUGUCUGUCAUUAUUAUAAUGGGAAGUAUUUCAAUCAUGUAAUGUAUUUAAAGUGGUGGCAUCCUGUUCUCUACUUUUUUUCAUGCCAUUUUUGAACAACCUCAAGCAGAAAUGUCUAGACAGAUUGAAGAAAACUAUCUGUGUAUUUUGGAUAUACAUAUGAUAUUGUACCACAAUUAAGAACCCAAAUUAAUUUGAAUUCUAUUCAUGAGGAAUACAUCAUCUGUUUAUUAUUUGUUUUGUUGAGUUCUGAGUGCUGGUGGUCUUGUUCUUUUUCAGAUGUAAUGAGUAAGGACUUUUUUGACAUGAAAAGAAAUGGAUGAUUUUUUCCCCUUCUUGGAAUAAAUCUAUGAAAGGCU